GUACUACUAGGAAUAUGAACUAAUUUUCAAACUAUAUAGGUUGUCUCCAAAAUAAAAUUGUAUACAUGUUUUAGAGAGAAAUAGUGUAACAUCUGACAUUAUACUUUUAACAUUUUCAGGUUUGAAAACACAAUGGCAGGAAACAGUCUCGUUUUACCCAUUGUUCUGUGGGGCCGCAAAGCACCAACACAUUGUAUCUCAGCGAUACUCUUAACAGAAGAUGGGUCCACAAUUGUAACAGGAUGCCAUGAUGGGCAGAUAUGUCUCUGGGACCUUUCAGGAGAGUUGGAAGUUAAUCCUCGAGCUCUGUUAUUUGGUCAUACAGCUUCAAUCACUUGCUUGUCCAAAGCCUGUGCUUCCAGUGAAAAGCAGUAUAUUGUGAGUGCAUCUGAGAGUGGAGAGAUGUGCCUCUGGGAUGUGAAUGAUGGCAGAUGUAUUGAGUUUACAAAGUUAGCCUGCACACAUACUGGCAUACAGUUCUACCAAUUCUCUGUUGGAAACCAGCGUGAAGGAAGGCUUUUAUGCCACGGACAUUACCCUGAAAUCCUUGUUAUAGAUGCGACCAGCCUUGAGGUGCUCUACUCCUUGGUGUCAAAGAUCUCACCUGAUUGGAUUAGCUCCAUGAGUAUUAUUCGGUCCCACCGAACACAAGAGGACACUGUAGUGGCACUCUCGGUGACAGGCAUCCUGAAGGUGUGGAUCGUGACUUCUGAUGCUGGUGGCAUGCAGGAUACUGAGCCAAUAUUUGAGGAGGAAUCUAAACCUAUUUAUUGUCAGAACUGCCAAAGCAUCUCCUUCUGCGCGUUCACACAAAGCUCAUUGUUGGUUGUGUGUUCCAAAUACUGGAGGGUGUUUGAUGCUGGGGACUAUUCCCUGUUGUGUUCAGGCCCCAGUGAAAAUGGGCAGACGUUGACCGGAGGGGAUUUUGUGUCAGCAGAUAAAGUCAUUAUCUGGACUGAAAAUGGGCUGAGUUAUAUUUACAAACUACCUGCCAGUUGCCUUCCAGCCAGUGAUUCAUUCCGCAGUGACGUGGGCAAAGCAGUGGAACAUCUGGUCCCUCCUGUACAGUGCAGCCUCUUGGACCGAAAAGAUAAAGAGUUGCUGAUAUGCCCUCCUGUUACUCGGUUCUUCUAUGGACGCAGGGAAUAUUUCCAUAAACUGUUAAUUCAGGGUGAUUCUUCUGGAAGAUUAAAUAUCUGGAACAUCUCAGACACAGAUGAUAAGCAAGGUGAGGAUGAGCUGGAGAUGACAACUUCUAUUAGUUUGCAAGAGGCGUUUGAUAAGCUGAGUCCUUGUCCUGCUGGAAUAAUAGAUCAGCUGAGUGUGAUUCCCAAUAGCAACGAGCCCCUGAAAGUGACUGCGAGUGUGUACAUUCCAGCCCAUGGACGGCUCGUGUGUGGCCGUGAAGAUGGAAGCAUAGUCAUUGUGCCUGCCACGCAGACAGCCAUAGUACAGCUGUUGCAAGGGGAACACAUGCUCAGAAGAGGUUGGCCACCUCACAGGACACUCCGGGGCCAUCGGAACAAAGUCACCUGUUUGCUCUAUCCACAUCAGGUCUCGGCUCGCUAUGACCAGCGCUACCUGAUAUCUGGAGGUGUGGACUUCUCCGUCAUCAUUUGGGACAUAUUUUCUGGAGAGAUGAAACACAUCUUCUGUGUUCAUGGUGGCGAGAUCACUCAACUUCUAGUUCCACCUGAAAACUGCAGUGCGCGAGUGCAGCAUUGCAUCUGCUCCGUGGCCAGUGACCACUCAGUGGGACUUCUCAGCUUGCGCGAAAAAAAGUGCAUCAUGCUGGCAUCACGUCACCUGUUCCCUGUUCAGGUCAUCAAGUGGAGGCCUUCUGACGAUUACCUGGUGGUGGGAUGCUCGGAUGGCUCUGUCUAUGUCUGGCAAAUGGAUACUGGUGCACUGGAUCGCUGUGUGAUGGGAAUCACGGCGGUGGAGAUCCUCAAUGCUUGUGAUGAAGUUGUUCCCGCUGCCAUGGAUUCACUCAGCCAUCCAGCAGUGAACCUCAAACAAGCCAUGACAAGACGUAGUCUCGCUGCUCUCAAAAAUAUGGCCCAUCAGAAGCUGCAAACCCUUGCAACUAACCUCUUGGCUUCUGAGGCAUCUGACAAGGGGAAUUUACCUAAAUAUUCUCAUAACUCCCUGAUGGUUCAAGCAAUAAAGACAAACCUGACAGACCCAGACAUCCACGUGCUUUUCUUUGAUGUGGAAGCGUUGAUUAUUCAACUGCUGACUGAAGAAGCCUCUAGGCCGAAUACUGCGCUUAUUUCCCCUGAGAAUUUGCAAAAAGCAUCUGGCAGUUCAGACAAAGGGGGCUCUUUCCUAACUGGAAAACGAGCAGCAGUUCUCUUCCAACAAGUGAAAGAGACUAUCAAAGAGAACAUAAAGGAGCACCUCCUGGACGAUGAAGAGGAGGAUGAGGAGGUAAUGAGGCAGAGAAGAGAAGAAAGUGAUCCCGAGUACCGGGCCAGCAAAUCCAAGCCAUUGACCCUCUUAGAAUAUAAUUUAACUAUGGACACUGCCAAGCUGUUCAUGUCCUGCCUUCACGCCUGGGGUUUGAAUGAAGUUCUGGAUGAAGUCUGCCUCGAUCGCCUUGGAAUGCUGAAACCCCACUGCACAGUAUCCUUUGGCCUCUUAUCAAGAGGAGGCCACAUGUCAUUGAUGCUGCCUGGUUAUAAUCAGUCAGCUUGUAAGCCACCCCACGGGAAAGCAGAAGCAGGAAGCAAGCUGCUGCCAACAGAGGGCAUAGGAAAGGGCACUUACGGAGUGUCAAGAGCCGUCACCACACAGCACCUGCUGUCCAUCAUAUCGUUGGCCAAUACUUUAAUGAGCAUGACCAAUGCAACCUUCAUUGGUGAUCACAUGAAGAAGGGUCCUACCAGGCCGCCUAGACCAAGCACCCCUGACCUUUCUAAGGCACGGGGUUCCCCCCCAACUUCCAGUAACAUUGUGCAAGGACAGAUUAAACAAGCUGCUGCACCUGUCGUUUCCGCUCGGUCUGAUGCUGACCAUGCCGGCUCUGACCCUGCUUCCACUGCUGCUUUACAUACCUGUUUCUUAGUAAAUGAAGGAUGGAGUCAGUUGGCUGCUAUGCAUUGUGUCAUGCUGCCUGACCUGCUGGGACUAGAUAAAUUCCGGCCUCCACUUCUAGAAAUGCUGGCUCGAAGAUGGCAAGAUCGAUGCUUGGAGGUAAGAGAAGCUGCCCAAGCCCUUCUUCUAGCAGAACUGAGAAGAAUUGAGCAGGCAGGCAGGAAGGAAGCUAUCGAUGCCUGGGCCCCUUAUUUGCCUCAGUACAUGGACCACGUCAUAUCACCUGGGGUCACAGCAGAAGCCAUGCAGACACUCCCUGCUGCCCCUGACACCUCAGGCCCUGAAGCCAAGGUCCAAGAGGAAGAGCAUGACCUUGUGGACGAUGACAUCACCACGGGUUGCUUAUCAAGUGUCCCGCAAAUGAAAAAAAUUUCCACGUCUUACGAAGAAAGACGCAAGCAAGCCACUGCUAUCGUUUUGCUGGGAGUCAUAGGAGCCGAGUUUGGUGCUGAAAUUGAGCCGCCGAAACUGUUGACGAGACCUCGAAGCUCGAGUCAGAUUCCUGAAGGUUUUGGUUUGACCAGCGGUGGAUCCAACUACUCUCUGGCCAGACACACUUGCAAGGCGCUGACGUUUCUCCUGCUGCAGCCCCCAAGCCCCAAGCUGCCCGCACACAGCACCAUCCGGAGGACAGCCAUCGACCUGAUCGGACGAGGCUUCACGGUGUGGGAGCCGUACAUGGACGUGUCGGCUGUUUUGAUGGGUCUUCUCGAACUCUGUGCUGAUGCUGAAAAGCAGCUGGCCAACAUCACAAUGGGGCUGCCCCUGAGCCCGGCAGCUGACUCCGCCCGCUCUGCAAGGCAUGCCCUCUCACUCAUUGCCACUGCCAGACCACCGGCCUUCAUCACCACCAUAGCCAAGGAGGUGCACAGACAUACAGCUCUUGCAGCAAACACCCAAUCGCAGCAGAAUAUACACACCACGACUCUUGCUCGAGCUAAAGGGGAGAUUCUUAGAGUCAUUGAAAUUCUCAUUGAAAAGAUGCCCACGGAUGUUGUGGAUCUCCUUGUGGAGGUAAUGGACAUCAUUAUGUACUGCCUUGAAGGGUCUUUGGUGAAGAAGAAAGGACUUCAGGAGUGUUUUCCAGCCAUCUGCAGGUUCUACAUGGUCAGCUAUUACGAGCGGAAUCACAGAAUAGCGGUGGGGGCGCGGCAUGGUUCAGUGGCCCUGUACGACAUCCGGACUGGAAAAUGUCAGACCAUCCAUGGACACAAAGGACCCAUCACGGCAGUGGCCUUUGCUCCUGAUGGACGCUACCUUGCCACCUACUCCAACACUGACAGCCACAUCUCCUUCUGGCAGAUGAACACAUCACUGCUGGGAAGCAUUGGCAUGCUGAACUCGGCACCUCAGCUGCGCUGCAUUAAAACCUACCAGGUGCCCCCCGUGCAGCCGGCCUCACCUGGCUCCCACAACGCCCUCAGACUGGCACGGCUCAUCUGGACUUCCAACCGCAACGUCAUCCUCAUGGCGCACGACGGCAAGGAGCACCGCUUCAUGGUGUAGAGCCGGCAUCUGGCGCCCUAACUGCGUUUUAGUUCUCUACAUUCUCUAGGCUGCCAUCACCCUGUCCCUGCACUGGGCCUUCUGACCCUGGUGUUGUGCGAGGGUGCGGCCAGGUGUGUGUCACUUGCGCAUGCCCCUCAGGGGCAGACCCUCACACAGGCCACCUAUCGAUUCCGAGGCGCGCACACUGUUCUAGAGGAUGCGGCCGCUCUGUCACUCGGUAGGUUUUCCCUGCCAGCGAGGGGAGGGAGAGUCGGCGGUUCCUGGGAACGCUCUUGUCGCUUGGCGCAACAGAAGCCCAAAAAUCAAUAACCACUGUGAUCGCACUCCCAGCCCCAGUCAGUGUUGCAGCCACGAAGCCGCUGCUCUGAGGCACUGCUCGUAUCCGGAUCUGACAUGGGCGUCGAGGUGAUGUGGCGGCCCUCGUUAUUGCGAUUAUUCCCCUCUGAUUUUCCUGAAGCAUACCAUUGUUUACCAAAAAGAUUGUGUGUUUACGGGCUGUUUCCUUCUGGUGAUUGCUGGGAAAUCCCUCGAUCUAGUUUGCUAGGGUUUAGCCACUACCUUCUCGGUUAAUACCCAGCCAAUUUAAGUUAAUGAGAAAAUGCACGCUAACAAUUUUUUUCCCUCGUAGAAAAUACGAUUUUCUAGUCUCUUAGCCUUUUAAAGUAUUCGUAUCCUGAUUAAAUGACAGUUUAUUUAGUAGGCUUAAAAUAAGGCUCAUCAUCACCUCCAAUCAAUUGAUAUAAUUAUCGAGGCGCUAUCACUAAUCUCUUAGAGCUGCUCUGAUGGAAGCAUGGCCGAGCUCUAAAAUGAAGACCUUGUAAUUCUUUGCUGAGAUAGUUUUCGUUCGGACAGCUUUUCCCUUCCCUACAGAAGCCUGACAAAGCCGUGCCUCCUGAGUGUAUGACCCAUGUCCAUGAUCGUGUGAUAGACAGCUCAGCUUUCAAAGCCCUACUGAUGAAUUAAAGUGAAGCAAAGAAGGCAUAUCUCCAAAAACAAGUAACCUAGAAGUUUAGCAACUCUGGCACAGCAUCUUGUAUGCACAGUUUAUUUAAAUACAGGAGUGUAUAUAAAAACGCGCGGUUCUCGAUUCGUUUGUACAGUCGUUGCAAUGAAUGUGUUCUUCAGCUAGAUCACUUUCUUCUUGUUAUAUCAAAUUAUGCUGAUUCCUGCUUAUAGCGAUGGGGAAAAAUCCACGAAUGUAGCGAUGGGAAAAAAUGCACAAGCUAAUAUUUUGCAUGAAGUACUCCUAUCAGACCUUGAGCUGUACAUGGUUGUGGGUUUUGUAGAUUGGGUGGCUGUUGGUUGUUUCAGUAGUUGGAAAGAGUGAUAUGAAAUUGAGAGGAAAAAUUACAAAGUUUAUAGAGGAAGCAAAACGAUAAUGGAAGCAUUUAAUCUGAAAAGCAUAGCUUGUCAAAAUGUAUGUAAUAAGCAGAAAAGUAAUAUCAGAGUCCAGGAGCAAAUACAUUCAGUUAUUUUACAGAAAUAGAUUUUUAAGGAACAUAUUUAAGAAGUUAGUAUCAAUAGGUUGUCCCUCCCAUUUGAACAUGAAAUGUGUUCUUUCCUGUGACGGCAAAUCUGUACUAAGCCCUUGGUUUUAGACAUUGGGUAUUCCCUCAAAGUGAAUGUAUGCCACAUGCAUGUCUGUUGUGUUUGUAAUGGUGAAGUGUGUAGUUUCCAAGGAAGACACAAACAACUCUCCAGCAUGGACCGUGUGUGCUCCGUGACCCUGCUGUGCUGUGUGGAUAGUUAGAGCCACAGGGCGUGAGCCGAAAGCUGCACUUGAUCUAUCCUGUCUGCACUCAGCAUGUCUUUACUUUGUGGAAGUUAAUUUAUUCUAGAUCACAAACUACCUGGAAUAUUGUAGAGUUGUUUUUUUUUAAUCAAAAUGUCCUACAGGGGAGGAGGAAGGUGUGGGGUGGGUAGGUAACCAGAGAUGCAUUGGUGGAACCCCUGUGGCAACGAAGAGCUGUGAAGACCUCGGGAGUGAAACUCUGGAUGCUGGACACACACCGGGGUCCUGUCUGCUCGGCCGGGCGAACAUGCUGCCUGCACAGAGGCUGGCACCUGAUGGCUAGACAGGCAGCCCUGACUCCAAAGCGCACAGUUGCAUCCUUGUUAGGAGCGGCAUCUCCAUGGCUUCCUUCACGGCUGCCGUCCCAGACCUCCUCCCAGCUCAGAUUUCUCAACACUGAUGCAAACUUGGUAUUGUCAUCCUAGCGUACAUGGUUAGUGUUUUAUUGAUUUCAUUGGCACUGUGUUUGGACCUGUCCUUGUAAACAGAGACACAUGUGGCUUCAGUGGUAAAUUUACAAGCAAAAGAUGACAUGACGUGACACCUGUAUGAAAAUGUUGCAAUGGUUGAACCCACUGUGUACAGCAACCGAAUUAAAAUGUCGGCCUCUCAAGGCAUUUCUGGAGGAGUCCACUUAAUACAUUCUAUGUGUACUGAAUGUCCCCACGUACAUACAUGUGAUCAUUAAAAUGGAAUUGUACUGAA